UAAACCCAACUUCGUCCCCAGUGUUAGGUUGGUACUUCCGUGACAAGAGACAUAACACUGAUACAAACAAAGGUGUUUUUCUUAAAUAAACCACUUCAAUUCAAUCAAAAUUGAGCCUCUAAUGAAUACCUCCUUAACGUUCGAGGUUUUGCUGUACCUUAAUUCGUACUAUUUUGGUUUAUUCGCAGUCUGUGAGAUAGGUAUGAACAUUGUAAAAUAUAUGAAUUUCACCGAUAUAAAACAUUUUACAACCGAUUUUGGUAUUUUAAUGGCUGUAUGUGCGAUAGAGUUGUUUCGAGUGAUUUUAGCGAGAAAGGGAAACUUGACUGAGCGAAAGUGGCCCGUUUUGGUUGCUAUUUUUUUAACGAUACCGUCUCUUUGUGGCGUUCUUUAUUUAAUGAUAUGGCAAACGCAUAUUCUGAGAUUCGAAUACAUUAUUUGCGGGAUCCAAGUGGGAUUGCAGUUUGUUGAGAUUGUAACAGGGAUUUUGUGUCUUCUACCAUUCUGUAAAACUCCUGAGUAUUAUUAGACUAAUAUUAAUCUGUAAUAAGACAUUGAUAAAAUAAAUAUUUAUUCAACAA